CACAAUACGAGAGAGGGAGGAGAGAGAGCUGUUUACAUUGUGAACCAGUCCUCAGGUUUAUAGUCAUCCAGCUGCACCACCGGGAGAACAGCUGUCUCGCUUCAGAGUCAGUUUUCAAAACCUUUAUCAAUUUACGCUUUACGCACGGUCAUGAUCUUGACGCACAGGUGAACUUCUUUAGUCUUAUCGCGCCUCGACCACAACUCAACAAGGAAAGUAUCGAAGAUUGAAAGAAAACCCCCAUCUCGUCUAUUUCUCCUCCUCGCCUCGUCUAUCGUAAUUGCUCGGAGGUGAACAGGUUAUUAGAGCCAUGUCCAGGAAGAAGGCAGUGAAAGGCAAGGGGAGCGCCAAGAGCCCCAAGGCGUCGCCGAGCAGCGGCAGAGACAGCGGGAGGACGGGGAAAGGUCUGGCCGCCGCUGCCGCUCCGUCCUCCGGACUGGUCUAUCCCAGCAGACCGUCCAUCAGCAACAGUGGAGAGUUUUAUGACAUCGCCUUCAAGGUGAUGCUGGUGGGGGAUUCAGGUGUGGGGAAGACCUGUCUGCUGGUUCGCUUCAAAGAUGGAGCUUUUCUAGCCGGGAGCUUCAUUUCCACUGUGGGCAUCGACUUCAGGAAUAAAGUUAUGAGCAUUGAUGCUGUGAAGGUGAAACUACAGAUCUGGGACACUGCUGGACAGGAGCGUUUCCGGAGCGUCACACAUGCUUAUUACCGCGAUGCUCACGCUCUUCUCCUCCUGUACGAUGUCACCAACAAAGCAUCCUUCGACAACAUCCGGGCGUGGUUGACAGAGAUCCAUGAGUACGCUCAGCAGGACGUGGUCGUCAUGCUGCUGGGCAACAAGGCUGACUCCACACAUGACAGGGUGGUGAAACGAGAGGAGGGAGAGAAGCUGGCAAAGGAGUUUGGAGUGCCCUUCAUGGAGACGAGCGCUAAAUCUGGACUGAAUGUGGAGCUGGCCUUCACCGCUGUGGCCAAAGAACUGAAGCACAGGACCAUGAAGGAGCCCGACGAGCCAAAGUUUCAGCUGCAGGAGUACGUCAACAAAGAAGUGAGGACUGCUGGCUGCUGCCGCUCGUAGACCCCAUCCUAUCUGUGCGUGUCUGCCCAUGAGUGUGAGAGGAGAGAGAGAACAGGUACAUUCUGUUAGAGUAUGUAAUAAAUCUGAGUUGGUGUGUCUGGGAAUAAUCAUGAAAUUCUCAGUGUUUGUAAUAUUUCUAUUAGUGGUGAUCUGGCUGAUAUGCUCUCUCUCCUAACCCACCUUUCCUCUGCAACUGUGAAUGUAAUAUAAUUCCUAUCUACAUGCUUGCACAGAGACGUGCAUGUUCACACAGACACACACACACAUUGUUGCACACCUAUCUUUGUGAAGAACCUUUAUCAACAUAAUACCUAUCCACUCACCCGAACUUUAACUGGCUAACCUCAACCCUAACUCUAACCCUAACCCAACCCUAACCUAAACCUAACCCAAGGCUUAACCCUCCCAGAAUUUUGGUCCCCGGUUUUUGGACCCCACAAAUGUAGUAAAACACACACGUACACGGCUAUGUUUGUAAGUAUACUUCCUGUUUAAUUCAGUCUGUGCAGUUUUCCAUAAGUGUGAUGUACAUAUUUUAAAUGUAAUUUUACUUUUGUGUUCUGAAAUCUUUGUAGUUUGUAAAUGCUUGUCUUGUUGAAACUAAAGUAUAUCGACACAAAUAUUACAUCAAUCAAUCUUGUUAAAGUAAUAGAAAUAGAUCCUAUGAACACAUUUGUACGGAUGCACCCAGUGUAAGCUGUUGAAUGGCACUGUGUGCUGUUUAUGUACAGGAUAAAAUAUGAAAACUGUUUUUACUUGUGAUCAUGACUAUCAUCAUACUGAUGUGUCUGUGAAAUAUGAUUUGAGCUCUUGACAUUUUGUACACAGAUUGUUCAGUUUGAGUUUAAAGCUGCUAUGUGAAGCAUUUAACAUUAAUAAAUCUCCCUCAGUAAUUGUUAGAGUAUAUUAAAUGUAAGAAAAACAUCAUCAGCAACCUGUAGGUGUCCAUUGAUCGAUACUGUACUUUGCAUUCUAAUUAUUUGGAGAGAAAUCAGUUGUAUUAUAUGGCAAAUAACAGGAAGACAGUUCUGGCUUACAGCUCCAACAUGCAAAGGACAAAUAUCUUUUUUGACUUUGUUGUGAAAUCUGGUCUAAACCUGGAUUUAAAAAAAUAAGUUGGAGUUUAGAAGAUAAGUACUUUAACACAAAAAAAAGAAAAAAAAACUUUACUCAAGGUCUACUUACUUGCAUUUUCUGGAUCUUUUCCAUCACAAUCCAUGGUCUUCAUCAGUGGGUUGAGCUGAUGGAUCAGCUCCAUCAGCUUUAAAAUUAAGCAAGAUUGACUUAACUAACGAUUACGCCAAAUAAAUUCCAUCUUCGGGUGAAGACCAUGAGAUGUGGCAGAAAGCUCCUAAUUAAACUAGUAAUUGGACUUUGACUUUAGAUUUAUUUUGAAAUUGAGUAUUGCUGUUGUUGAGAGAGAUAUUAUAGAUUAUUCUCCACUUUUUGUAAGUAUCACAGUGAAAUUUAAACUAUAUGGUAUAUUGUCAACUUUUGUAUACUUUGCCAGGUUUUAUUUCAGUGCAUAGAAAUGUUAGAAACAACACAAUAUAAACUGUAGUGUAAAAGCAAACAUGAGCACAGCAGACAUUCAGAGUGCAAUUCUGGUAGUUUCCAGCCAAGAUCACAGAAUUGAGGAAACUCGACCUUGAAGAGGUGUUGGCAGUUUGUUCAAACUAAAGGAAGGUUUGGUUGAAUCUAUUUGUCACUUGCUUUCACCUCCUGAGGUUUUGUAGUUCCUGUCAUUCCACAGAGAUGUAGCCAUUGUUACUGGGUCUUUGCUGAACUAAUGUUGCACAAUCCCCAAGAGGAUGGUAGAGGGAAAGGUAAUUGGAACGUUGAUAGUGGGAGAGAGAUGCUGCUAUUGUGUGUUGGUAUCAAGGAGGAGCAACAGCUGCUUUGAAUCAAUAACCUGCCACAGGCAUUUUUUCCACUGGUUCUACCCAGUGGUAGGAAGACUAUUUUUUUCAGAUGUUUUAUCAAAAAUAGUUAUGCUAAUGUUAAAAAUACUAUACAUUUUAUUUGGAAAUACUGUAAAUACAGAUUUGAAAUGCCUACAAUUUAAAAUAAAUCAGACGUAAUUAAUUUAUUGUUAACUUGUAAUCUGUAUAUUGUCUCUUAACUGAAAUUAUUUGUAUUGUAUCAAUCAAGUAUUGACAUUAAAGAAUCAAUCAACAAUAA